CACCGACUCCAAUCCAGUGUAUAUUUUCCAGCGCUAGACAAGUUGAUUUUUCGUCUGUUCGUGCAUCAUCUUAAUUUUGUUAUAAUUUUUGCAAUAGUAAUAUUUUCCAGUUUCAAGUAUAACAAAAUAUACGGGCAAAAGCACCGCGGUAAAUUGAAUUACAGUGCGGGAGCCCGUUUUUUUCCAGUCUAGUUGCGGGAAAAUUGUCGUUCGGUCGGUCGGGCCUCGGACGCGUUUUGUGGAAAAUUCUACGGCGGCGGAGUCCGUUCUACCCGGGGCGUAGUGACCUGACUGAUAGCUAGUCGAACAGCCACAGUCAGCGCGAGAGUAAAAGAGAUAGAGCCAGCAAAAAUAGCGAGCGGAAGUCGACAACUAGCGAAAUUAUUACUUACGCUGCGUUUUUUCCGGAUCCUGAGAUUCGAGUGUUCGGUCUCGUAACGAGCGAGCAAACGGAUUAGAUUUUCCAUCCUGGAAGAAAAAAAAGAACACAAAACGUCGGAUUUUUUAGUUUUCCCUCAGUGACUGGAUUUUAAGUUCCUCGCGUCUUCGUCCAACAUCUAGUACUACUCCUAUUACUACAACUACUACUACUACUACUAUUACAACAGCAACUACUACUACUAUUAGUCUGUGACUUGGUUUGUUAUAGUCCGGGAGUGGCAAUUUGUGUACGGUGCAGAAGAAGAAAGUUUCACAAAGAAAACCUAUUCCACCUUUUUCUCUAACCAAAAUAAGUAAAAGUAAGAAAAUAAAUUAAUUACCGGAGGUGCUUCUAAACACAGAAAGAGAAAGAAAAGUGCGGAUCGUCUAACGUGUCCCGACUGCGGAGUAUAAAGCAAAUAUAGAAGGAAUCAAAACAGCGAUAACACCAACUAAAUCUUAACGAAACAAUAGUAGGAAAGUCCCAGCAGAUAAUUCAACGCGAAGCAGUUCCUUCCCACACAUCCCCCGAACUCCAACCCUGUCAAAGCGAAAGGCGAACAGAACAGCAAGCUGUGCGGAAAAAAUCGGCAAAUUUUAGAGGAAAAAAACGGGAUCAUAGGUGAUAAGAAAAUUUUACAUCUUGUAAUCUUUUGGAUGCACUUUCAUGAUAUAAUAAGAUACUAGGGAAGAAAAUAAAACGUAAAACGAGGAAACAUUUUUGAUAUUCGGAUUUGGAUCUCUUUCCUUGGCAACAACGCGAGAUAUAUACAAGAGAAAUAAGAAAUUCAUGGAAAAAAACAAUAUACAAUAUUUAUAGCAAAAAAAAACCGAGAUAAAAAGGAUCAAUUGCUUCCUAUUUACAAUAUAAAAUAAACCAAACUUAGAAAAUAAAUUAGCAAAACACACACAGCAACAACAUCACCGACUAGACGUGGAUAGGCUUGAAGUCCAAGUCCAAGUCCGGUUGCGUACCCCGAGGACGGCGAACCACAGCCGCAGAAAGCAUAACUUCGUUACACCGCAGGCUACUACUUCCCGACCCUUAAAAGUCGCACCGUGUUCCCGCUACGAGCAAAAGUUGGCCAGCCGAGUCGAAAGCAGUCGAAAUAAGAACCUUGUACCUUGUAGCUACUGAGCACAUCCCGUGAGAGUGAAUCAAGAGUCAGACUAACGACAAUCAACAUUUAGCAAAGCAAAGCAACACUAGCAAGCAGCAGCAGCAGUGGUGCAGCCAACCACAAAACAAUAACAAAACAAAACAAAACACAACCGAACACAAAUCCAAAAAACGAGUGAAAUUAAAACGCAUUUUCGUCACCUCAGAAAAAUCCCACUUUGCAAAGGGCAGAACUAGAUCCCGCCAUCCGCUCCGAAAGAGAGGAGCCGCCCCCCGCUGAUUGAAGCUUCUCUAUUGGUCGCUACAAGCAGCAGAAGGUUCGGAAAGGACAGCCGAGCAAGCAACAGAAUUCUUCUUUACCUUACUCCUAUUCCAGAUUAAAUCGUACUAAAUUAGCUAGAAUACAGCGAGUGCAUAGCACACGCAACAUACAAAUUCAGAAACACUUUUAACAAGUUGAUAGUGAUUUAUCGUUGUUAACCCGAUCCAUCCAGUAAACAGAAGCAGCAGCAGUAAAUAGUAACAGCCACUGAUAGGACAAAAUAAAAUGAUGGCGAACGGUUUGGAGACAGUACAGCAAAACGGUCGCUCCGGUUCAAUCGGUAGUGGCCAGGAAGACAGCAAGACCAAUCUGAUCGUCAACUAUCUGCCACAGACGAUGACCCAGGAGGAGGUCAAGUCACUGUUCUCCAGUAUCGGCGACGUCGAGAGCUGCAAGCUCAUUAGGGACAAAGUUACCGGACAAAGUCUCGGUUACGGCUUCGUAAACUAUCACCGUCCGGAGGACGCAGAAAAAGCAAUAAACACAUUCAACGGGCUGCGACUGCAGAACAAGACGAUCAAGGUGUCGUUCGCCCGGCCCAGCUCAGACGCCAUCAAGGGUGCCAAUCUGUACGUGUCCGGGCUGUCGAAGAGCAUGACCCAGCAGGAUCUGGAGGCCCUGUUUCAGCCCUACGGACAGAUCAUCACGUCGCGCAUCCUGUGCGAUAACAUUACCGGCCUAUCGAAGGGUGUCGGCUUCAUUCGGUUCGAUCAGCGCUCGGAAGCGGAACGAGCGAUCCAGCAGCUGAACGGCACCACACCGAAGGGUGCGUCCGAACCCAUCACCGUCAAGUUCGCCAACAAUCCGAGCAAUAACAUCAACAAGGCGAUUCCACCGCUGGCCGCGUAUCUGACGCCGACGCCGAACCUGCGACGAUUCCCGCCGGGUCCGAUCCAUCCGCUCGGUGGACGCUUCAGCCUUCCCUCUACUUUCAGUCGCUACUCACCGCUGACCGGUGACCUGGGCACCUCGGUUCUGUCGGCCAACGCGAUCAACGGUUCCGGCUGGUGCAUCUUCGUGUACAAUCUGGCCCCGGAAACGGAGGAGAACGUGCUGUGGCAGCUGUUCGGUCCGUUCGGUGCCGUCCAGAGCGUCAAGGUGAUCAAGGAUCUACAGACGAACAAGUGCAAGGGCUUCGGUUUCGUUACGAUGACCAACUACGACGAGGCCGUUGUCGCCGUACAGUCCCUCAACGGGUACACGCUCGGAAACCGGGUGCUGCAGGUCAGCUUCAAGACGAACAACACCAAAUCGAAAACCAAUUAAAAAUGGGAAAAAUUUUAAGUUUCGAAUUGUUCCCCUAAAGUAAUAAUAAUAAUAAUAAAAGAAAAAAAAACGAAACGAAAAUGGAAAAACAACCCACGUGAACACACAAACACACAUACACACGGGCAAAGCAAAAAAAAAAAACACUCGUUGUCACGUCAACCAAUCUUCUCCCACCCAGCCUACUUCGACUUUCCUGUUCCUGAACAUCAACCAAAGACCAGAGACGAGACAAGGCGAUGCACCUGCAGUGUUCUGUGUUUGGUUUUCUGACUUUUAACCUUCACCUUGGUUGAGCGCCUGAUCCGACCGAAACAGGAAAUAUCAUUCCACUACUCAACGAACGCAACACGUUCAGCAGAUAGACAGAGAGAAAGAGACGUAAUAUCAACUGAAUCAAUGGGAUAUUAUAAUAAAAAAAUUUAUUAAAGAAAUUAUACGAAGACGAAGUGAAACAACAGAAAGGUGCAAUAAUAUUUCAAAAAUAUUGUAAAUAGAAGUAAAACAAAAAAAACCAUUUGAUAUUUCCUAAACUAGCAAAACAGAAAAAAAAACAAAUGAAAAUCAGCAUCUCUUUAGCGAAAGCGAAUGUCGACUUUACUGGUGAAGCAACAAGCAUAAGAAUAGCAGAAUCAUUUAACGCAAGGAAAAAGGUUCUUAAGAAAAAUUAAUUGUUAUUAGUUUCCGCUGGGAGUACGGUCCGCGUGCGCAGUCUCGCGCGGCGUCGUGCGUCGGUUUACCGUUGCAACUCUCUAGCGGUGAGCACCGGUAGCACCAAAUCCAGAUCCCUAUCUAUAUUGAAAAAUAAAAAAAAAAAACAAAGCAACCCAAAAAAGAAGUAAUAACGAUGCUAGCGAAUUUUACCGAACCGCUCAAUGUUUACAGACAGCAGAACUCUAAAGAAAAUAAAACCUAAUAUAAAUGUGCAAUAAUGUAUUAGAAUGGUACUCUAUAUUAAAUAAAUAUUAGCCAAAUUGAAAAGGGAACUCAAUCGUGUGCGAAAAGUACCGGGAUCGAUGGUGGCGGCUAAGCCACCGACGGUAACCGCGACGAUGACCGCACGCAACGCAGCAGGCCGUGUUCGCCCCCAGCGAAGACUGAAUGAUCUCGUAACUAAAAUUGAAACUAAUCUAAAUAAUAAAACCUAUUUAUUUAUAUACUAAUUUAUUCUUGAAUGUUUCAAUAAUGGCAACAACCGAGCAGCAGAUGAGAAAAUAAACAAAAAAAAAACGGAAUAAAAUCAUAAACAACGCGUAAUUUGUAAGGCAAAGACAGAAUAAAACAGCAAAAAAAUGGGAAGUGUAAUGAGUUCGUUUUUGAGUAAAGUCUUAUAAUUAAACGUAUAUUUAUUAACGGUAAUUUAUUUAAUCGAUAUAUGAAAACAUAACUCAAACGGUAAAAUAAUGCUAAUUGUCGAUGGAUUUUUGAAUUUUAAACUCACAACCUAACCGCAAACAUUCUUUAUUAGUAUUCAUCUUAUUAAUCAUCACGCAAGCCGCAAAUAAUCUCACUUUUUUAAUGAAAAUGAAGAAAAAAGAAACAACUGUGUAGUUUAUAAUCAAUCGCUCCUAUUACGCUCAGAAACCGAAAACCGAAUUAACUUUCUCUCUACGUAGUCGUUCUCUCUUUCUCCUUUACUCGAAGGAAACCUAAAAUUAAAAGAAUUUUAGAACAACAAAGAAGAAAAAAAUCAAACGAAGCUAGUCAAAAUUUAUUUCCGACUUUGGAUUGAUCGUUUGUUUCUUAGUUUUAGUUUUUUUUUCUUUCUUGGGAAUGAUUUGACGCGAGUUCUAGCGAAGAGACCGAAUAAUAAAAAAUUUAAAAAUGAUAAGUCAAAUGUACCGUACUGCUAUUUAUUUAGUGUUAUGUUUUAGGAGUUAAGCAAAUUUUUUACGUGGCUCUUACUCGUUUCAGCAUGAAUUUGAGCAAAUUUGACGUCUACGAAAAUAUGCAAAAGUACUUUAAAAAAAUAAUGUUGGUAGUGAAAUUUUACUUCAGUGGGUUUUUCUCUCUUCUUAAGAUAUCAGUGUUUAUAUUCGUGAUUAUUUUAUAAAGCUAAAUUCUAAUAAAUGGAGCUAAGUUUAAGCAAACAUAACCAAACAAAAAAAAACACACACACACACAACCAAUCUCAUUGCGCUUAAGGGAUCCUAACCUAACCUAGAAAUUCGGAGCCGGGUAGCCCUGGCAGUGCUGAGAAAAACAGGAAAAAAGGAACGCACACAUUCUAGCGUACAACGUUCUGGAGCAAGUUGUUUACAAUUCCUAUUUUGAGUUAUCGUUUCCGAGCUUGGAACGCGUAACAAACGUAAAUCAAUUCAACGGAAACCGCGAUAGCGGUUUCGUAAACAUAAACCAAGUAUUAGCAAACCAAGGCGAACACUAAAUUAAAAAAAAAGGUGGAAUGGGAAACGGAUAAACAAUGAUUUUACUUGUAAACAGAAUAAAAACAAAAAAUAUUUUCCUCCAUUUUAGUCAAAAUUUUAUUGAUUAGAUAUAUAUUCAUAUAAUUAUUCGAGCAGCAAGCGUAUAUGUGUUAAGAAAGUAACUCUUAUCAGUGAAUUUAUGUCAUUACUCAUCAUUGCGUAAAACAAAAGCAAAAAAAAUAGUAGUAGAGGAGAAUCACACGAACGCAAUCGUUUGACUGGAAGCUUGCUGUUUGUUGACAGGCACAGUGCGGAGUGGAACACUGGAAUACAAUCAAAACACACACACUGACACUAACACUGAAAGUGCAAUGGGAGCAUUAGCAGAGGUCACACUCACACACACUCACAUCACCCAUUUACUAGCUAGCUUGCUUACUACUUUCCGGGCCGGUUCAGUAAUAAUUUGAUUGCCAGAGAGGUAAGAGAAAAAAAAACAAAGCACGCCGAAAAACCACACGCAGCUCAUACAACUACGCGCAAAACGUUUAAUAUAAGUGUACUGAAUGGAUUAUUUAACCUUUUUUUCUUUUCUAUCUUAACUUACGCACACUCUUACAUACAAGAACAGAACUUAAUGCCUAACACGCAGAAUCAUACGGAGUCAAAGGAAAAAAACAACAACAACAUUCUCUCAUACACACUCAGAAUCACAACAACAACAAAUGCAAGCAAAACACAAGGUGAACAAACUUGUCAUUAGUAUUGAUAUUAAAUUUUAUGUACUCAAAAAAGGACAAGAAAAGUAAAGGAAAUUAAAGAAAAUUAUAAAAUACAUGUUAUAUUUGCAUACUAUUAUAAACGAAACUAUUCUAUUAUCAUUCAUAACGAAGAAAAAACACCCAAACACUCAGCCACACACACACACAACCACACGAGAGCGAGAAGAAUCAGUAGAAAAUCUACUAUUGAAUUUUUUACAACUCAUUUCUCAACGAUAGCCAGUAUUUUCCCCGCAAAACUGGCAGCAGACAAGUGGAGAAAACACAAAAACACUAUCCAUUUACAGGAAAUAUGCAAUUUGUAUCCCUUUCCAUCCCCCUCCCCCUUUCUCCAGCGCGAGAAUAAACCAGCAAAUCGUUAUUUUACUAGACUAGUCGUAACAAAUCGGCAAAACAGCAAAUAAUCCCUAUCAGCAGGCGAAAAGAGGCGAAAAAAAACGAUACCAUGCUGGUAAAACCAAUGAGACUGGAUGUAAAAGUUUUUAAAACUCAGUGUGAGAAAACCAGACAAAAACAAAACGAAUCCCAAUUCAGCAAAAAAAAAUAAAGAAAACAAUGUGAGAGAAUUAAUUAGGAAAACAACAACAACUAAAACCGCCAAGCGAAACGCUGAGGAAACCUACGAACCAGCGCGCACCGAAACGUCAACGAAUACAACGAGCAAAACCACAUUUAGCAGCCAGCGGAAGAUGAGAAACAAAGCUUUGCAAAUUUACAUUUCAGUCCAUUGCGCAUGGGGCAGCAUUUUCGGAGAGCAAGAGUAACAACACCAAGAUGAAAGUUCUGUCUAGCUUAAAAAAAUUCCGUAAAGAAACCAAAAAAAACCCUAUUCGUUUUUGCCACACAGCCACACAUGACACACAAUGACAAUUCGAAAACCGAAGUGAACUAGAAAACAACACAAAACUAAUCUCCAUCCAUGUUAGAUGACAGAUGACAGAAUGACACUUAAAUAAAAAAUUAACUUGCGCAGUUUAGAACUUCCACCUCCGUAUCAACCACCACAAUCAAAGUAGACGCGUGGAUUCGGCUCACUCUUUGACGGUACGGUGGCUUCGCAGUUUGACGUCGCUCUCAACCUUUCUCUCUCUCGGUCUCUUUCACAGACAAAUAUACGCUUAUUGAGAUCCGAAACUUAACCCUGUCUCCACAGCAAAAUCACUGAUAAAACCCCAUCCUCACCUUAAACGAACCCUGAGCUGUCAAACGUCAAACUGACAAGCCGCCCGAUCGAGUGAAGCCGGAAACCGGAAACCGCGAAAGAGCGGUAGCAAGAAAAUAGAAACUCCCAUUACUACUAGCAUUGUAUCUCAGAACAAACAGGCGAAAACAAAGCAAACCAAAAAAAAAUCUAUAAUUGUUUCAGUACUCUUUGACGAAAAAAAAAACUUAUAUUAAUGGCAAUUGUAUAGAGAAAAUUGAAGUUUUAUAACAGAAAUAAACCAUGUGGAAGCAUGCAUUAAACGUUUAUUUUUACUCUUCAGUGGACAAAACAAAAAAAAACACAAUUCGACCGGAACAGUCAGAAAAAGCCCAGCAACAAAUAUGUAAACUUAAUAAUUAACAAAAAAAAAUAAAUAUUAUCAGUAUUCAAAAAUCCCCAAAUUAAUGGAAAAUAAGCUACAAAACCUAUUUAAUUGAUUUUUAUGUCAUUUUAGAAAAAGAGGAAAACGGUAAUAAAAGCAAAUAAAACCAGUUUAAGAACAACA